UUAGAUUGUGCUAGGCUGGUUACCAUUUAUCCACUGGCUUCUAUCGACUGGUGAUCUAGGAUUUCCUAAAGGUAUGUUAGUUCUCCAUAUCACCACAUGGUUGAUGUCCCAGGGUGAUGAAGCAGGGUCUUCUAAGAGUCUCAAGCAGCAAGUGUCAGAAAAGCAAGAGAUACACUGGUGAGAGGUGUUAUACAGGGAAUGACAAGGAUCAAGGUGUUAUCAGGAUCCAAUUGUUUGUAGCUAGUUGCUGUACUGAUGGCUGAAGGAAAAGGUAAGUCAAGAGGGUGUGAGAGAGAGUCCAAAAAAAAAAAUAUCCAAAAUUCAUAAUAAUUGCUAAUUUGGAAUCAUAUUCUUUUGUAGAUUUUCCAGCUCAGAGAGAUAAGCUUACAUCAGCCCAUAGUAAAUGGGGAAUCCCAACAAUGUGACGGAAUUCAUUCUUUCGGGCAUUGCAAAGAAUCCAGAGCUGCGGAAAAUACUCUCUGUGGUGUUUCUAAUCAUGUAUGUGUCCACCAUUUUGGGAAACCUCCUCAUUGUGGUAACUGUGGUCACAAGUCAGAGUCUGAGAUCACCCAUGUAUUUUUUCCUUAUGUCCUUCUCUCUCACGGAUGUCACCUAUUCUUCUGUCAUUGCCCCCAAGAUGAUUGUGGACUCCCUCUCUGAGAGCACUGCCAUCUCCCUCAAAGCCUGCAUGGCCCAGCUCUUCAUUGACCACUUCUUCGGUGGAGUGGGCAUCAUCCUUCUCAUCGUGAUGGCCUAUGACCGCCAUGUGGCCAUCUGUAAGCCCCUGCACUACAUGACCAUCAUGAGGCCUCAGAUGUGCUGCCUACUACUGGGAGGGUCAUGGGUGGGGGCAUUUACCCAUGCAACAGUGCAGCUUCUCUUCAUGUAUCAAAUUCCCUUCUGUGGCCCUAACGUCAUUGAUCAUUUUAUGUGUGAUUUGUUUCCGUUGCUGAAACUGGCCUGCAUGAACACCCACAUCCUGGGUCUCUUAGUUAUCCUCAACAGUGGGGUGAUGUGUGUGGCCAUCUUCUUCAUCCUCGUCACCUCCUAUGUGGUCAUCCUCUGCUCCCUGAAGUCCUGCAGCUCUGAAGGGCGGCGUAAAGCCCUCUCCACCUGUGGCUCCCACCUCAUGGUGGUCUUCAUGUUCUUUGUGCCUUGUAUUUUCUUGUAUGUGAGGCCUGUGGUCACCUAUCCCAUAGACAAGGCGAUGGCUGUGUCCUUUACCAUCGUUGCACCCAUGUUAAAUCCCCUGAUCUACACCUUGAGAAACAUGGAGGUGAAAAACGCCAUGAGGAAACUGUGGAUGAAACAAGGGGCCUUGUGUGGUCAUUAGCUUACAUGCUAAGAGCAAUUUUUUCUUACAAGGACAAUGUGCUUUUACCCUCUCAUUCAUUCGGAUCUAUUGAGGAUACAGUAGUCGCUGGUGUCAUUUAAUUGUGCAAAUUAGGCUAAGACUGUAAUCCUGUUACUCCCCCCUCCCCAGUGCAGUGUGUGCUCCAUUCCUUUUCUCACAAGGCUCCGCCC